CACAAAGUUCACUGACCAAGUGGUGCAACAGGAGCAGAGUGUGUUAACGCAGCGCUGAGGAAAACAACCUUCACACUGAUUUCUUUCUAAACUUCGAGGAGGCGGACGGCCACAAUUUCUUCAUUAUAAAUGAGUUCUCAGAUGGAUUAUGCAAUGAAGUCUCUCGGCCUCCUGACUCCAUCCAGCCUGUCCAAGGCUGUAACAUCGAGUGUGUCAGCCAGCGCCUCCAUGACCCAACAGCUCCUGUCGGGUCGAGCCCUUCGACCAAAACCCUUCAGGGUCACGAACGCAGACCGGGGUGUGAAGAAAGGCAUCAUGGCAGAGACUCUCGAGGACCUGAUGAACAAGGUCAGCUUCUCGUUGACUUUAGAGUGCGUCAGCGCUCUGGUUCUGGAUGAAGACGGCACCGGUGUGGACACGGAGGAGUUCUUCCAAACGCUGCCAGAGAACACGGUUCUCAUGGUCCUGGAGAAGGGUCAGAAAUGGACCCCUCAUCCUAACAGCCCCUCCAGAUAUCAACACAUCGAACGCCUUCGGCAGCACCGCACAGAUGUGGCCAAGCUGACCCUGGACCUCUACAAGAACAACCCCAAAGAUUUUAUCGGCUGCUUGAACGUGAAAGCGACCCUGUACGGUGCUUACACUGUGUCCUAUGAUCUGCGCUGUUAUGCAGCCAAAAAGAUUUUAAAGGAGGCUCUCCGGUGGACCGUCUUCUCCAUGCAGGCCACAGGCCACAUCCUGCUGGGCUCCUCCUGGUACAUCGAGCAGCUGCUGGAGGAAGAGGAGGCAGCUGAGAAGAGGCUGGCGCUGCCGCAGGAGAGCCGGAUGAGGCAGCUGCAGAGCCUGCUGCUGGGGAAGAGCUCCCACUGAUGAUGGGCGGGCUGCAGUGAAGGGGACAUGGCUAUUCUCUCCUAGAUUUAGGUCACGGUGUAGAUGAGAUGGAGUGUUGUCAUUUUCCAAGUUUAAUUUAAUAUUGUAUUGUGUAUUACAACAGUUGUUUGUUUGUCAGUGUUUUUUUGCUCUGUUACAUUUAUUACAUCAAUUUUCUCUGAAUGCACUUUUACUCCUGUGUAACUUGUUCCUACAGAAAAUCUAAUAAAGAAAAUGAACUUGUUUUAAUUUUCA